AUGGCCAUCGGCAAGAACAAACGUUUAACUAAAGGUAGCAAGAAGGGUGGCAAAAAGAAAGUCGCUGAUCCAUUUUCAAAAAAAGAUUGGUAUGAUGUCAAAGUACCAGCUAAUUUCGAUACACGUACGAUUGGUCGUACACUUGUAACACGAACAACUGGCACAAAAAUCGCUUCGGAUGCUUUAAAAGGUCGUGUAUUUGAAGCAUCACUUGGUGAUUUAAACAAACUUGACGAUGAAGAUAGUUAUCGAAAAUUUAAACUUAUCUGCGAAGAUGUACAAGGUCGUCAUUGUUUAACGAAUUUUCAUGGUAUGGAUAUAACCACAGAUCGUCUUCGUAUGCUUGUUAAAAAAUGGCAGACAUUAAUCGAAGCACAAGCUGAUAUUCGUACAUCUGAUGGAUAUCUUUUACGUGUAUUUUGUAUUGGUUUCACAAUGAAAAUGCGUGGACAAAUCACAAAAACAUCAUAUGCACAACAUACACAAAUUAAAGCUAUUCGAAAGAAAAUGGUUGAAAUUAUGACAAGAGAUAUUGCUGGCAGUGAACUUAAAGAAGUUGUUAAUAAACUUGUUCCAAAUAGUAUUGGUGCUGAAAUAGAAAAAGCUUGUCGUAGUAUUUAUCCAUUACAAAAUGUUAAUAUUCGAAAAGUGAAAGUAAUCAAGAAACCAAAAUUUGAUGUUGCUCGUCUUAUGGAAAUGCACGGUGAAAGUUACAGUAGUGUAACUGUUGAUGACAAAGGCCAACGAGUCGAACGAGCUGAUGGCUAUGAACCACCAGUGCAAACAUCUGUUUAA